CCUCUCUCUUCCUUUCCUUCCUCUCUCUCUCUUCCCUACUCCCUCUCCACCCCACCCCAGGUAGUGGCGCUCCUGCUGCCCGCGAAGGGGUUCACUCGGAGUUGCGAGGGGAGGUAAUUUACUCAGAACAAGGGGCCCGCCUUUAGGAAGUAUAAAUAGUGAGACUUCAAGAGCUGCGUCGCUAUCAGAUCUGAACUCUCCGCAGGAAGAAUUGUCAAAGAUCUUAACAUUGAACACGCGCGCUCCGGCAGGGAAGCAUCAGUUCCCAUUUCCCUCUGGCGGCCCCCGCCCCUUCCCUCCUCCUCCCUCUCCCCCCUCUCCCCCCUUUCUCCUCCUCCUCCUCCUCUUCUUACUUCUUUUUCUCCUUCUACUUCUCCUCUUCUUUCUUCUCUUUUUCUUCUUCUUCUUCCUCCUCCCUCUCCUCCCCCACCCCCUGCCCCAUUGAUGUGUUAUUAUUGGGGGGGCUGGAGCAGUAAAAAAAGAAGGAGGAAAAAAAGAGCGGGGCUCGGCAGGGUGAGCUUGAGCGCGAGGCUGACCAACAGCGGCCGCGAUGGAAGAACUUACGGCGUUCGUCUCCAAGUCUUUUGACCAGAAAGUGAAGGAGAAGAAGGAGGCCAUCACGUACCGGGAGGUGCUGGAGAGCGGGCCGCUGCGAGGGGCCAAGGACCCGGGCUGCGUCGAGCCGGGCCGCGACGACCGCAGCAGCCCGGCAGUCCGGGCGGCCGGCGGAGGCGGCGGCGCGGGAGGAGGCGGAGGCGGAGGCGGAGGAGGCGGAGGAGGUGCUGGAGGAGGAGGAGCAGGCGUAGGAGCUGGAGGAGGGCGCUCUCCCGUCCGGGAGCUGGACAUGGGCGCCGUGGAGCGGAGCAGGGAGCCCGGCAGCCCGCGGCUGACGGAGGUGUCCCCUGAAUUGAAGGAUCGUAAAGAGGAUGCGAAAGGGAUGGAGGACGAAGGCCAGACCAAAAUCAAGCAGAGGCGAAGUCGGACCAAUUUUACCCUGGAACAACUCAACGAGCUGGAGAGACUUUUCGAUGAGACCCACUACCCAGAUGCUUUCAUGCGCGAGGAACUGAGCCAGCGACUGGGGCUCUCUGAGGCCCGAGUACAGGUUUGGUUUCAAAAUCGAAGAGCUAAGUGUAGAAAGCAGGAGAAUCAACUUCAUAAAGGUGUCCUUAUAGGGGCCGCUAGCCAGUUUGAAGCUUGUAGAGUUGCACCCUAUGUCAACGUAGGUGCUUUAAGGAUGCCAUUUCAGCAGGAUAGUCAUUGCAACGUGACGCCCUUGUCCUUUCAGGUUCAGGCGCAGCUGCAGCUGGACAGCGCCGUGGCGCACGCGCACCACCACCUGCACCCGCACCUGGCCGCGCACGCGCCAUACAUGAUGUUCCCGGCACCGCCCUUCGGACUGCCGCUGGCCACGCUAGCCGCGGACUCGGCCUCCGCCGCCUCGGUAGUGGCUGCCGCCGCCGCCGCCAAGACUACCAGCAAGAACUCCAGCAUCGCGGAUCUCAGACUGAAAGCUAAAAAGCACGCGGCUGCUCUGGGUCUGUGACGCCUGCACCAGCGCCACGGUCGAUGGAGCCUCCCGAACGGCGCGACUCCGCACGCCCUCCGCGACCCGCUGCUUCUCCCGCACCCGCUUCGGACUGCCUAGGCCUGUCCCUACCCCGCUGACCGUCGCCUUUUCUUACUGCGCCCUGGAUCCCUAGGGCCGGACUCUGCACUGGACCCGGGAUUCCACGAGGGCCACCAGCCCACCCGCCCUUGGGACUAAACUUCGGCUUUGUAGGAGCGGGUUUGGGGAAGUCUGGAUAGAGACUGGACAAAGGAGUGUGGGAAGAGUGAGAAGUGGAUAGCGGCACAGCGGCGGCGAUGGACUCAUACGUAGAAAUAAAAUCUGCAAACGACAAAUGAGCAAAAACAAACAAAAAGAAUAGAGAACGAACUAGAGAGAAAAGGAGAAAGGGAGCUUGUUUCUUAUUAUUUGGCUGGAAUUAGAGAGAGAACGACGAAGCAAAAACAAUUCUAAAAAGAUAUUUUGUACAUAAAAAAAAUUACGGAAAAAUAACCUGGAUGAAUCUUGAGAGAAAGGCGGGAGGGAUUUACCAACUAAAAUGUAUGGUUGUUUUUUUUAAUGGCCAAGAAAACAAAACAGAAGGAAGAGGUAUACUUAUUUAAAGAAUUAAGAUGAAAAAAAAAUGCGCAGCUGGGAAGUUCACAGGUUUUGAAGCUGACCUUUUUUCUGCGAAGUUCACUUUAAUACGAGACAUUUGAUAAGAGAGGCGGGCCUCCUUUUACGUUGAAUCUGAUGCUUUGAGUUUUAAAACACCAUGUAUGGAAGAGCAAGAAGAGGGAAGACAGUGUGGAAGCAAGGAGAGAGAAAAAAAAGGACGUCAGAAAAA